UCCGCACUUGCGCUCAUCUUGCUCUCCCACCACCACCCUGCCCUCACAGGCACCUCUUCCGCCCUCCUCUCCCUGGCCCGUGCCGCCGCCGCCCGCCAUGACGACGCAGCCCGUGACCGCGACGGCGCCUCCGGGCGUGCCGCGCUCCGCCUUUGUCGACUCGUUCGAGUCGCAGCCCGGCACGCCCGGCUCGCGCACCGGCCACGUCUUUCCCAGCAUCAACCGCAUCCGCAAGAACCUCGGCGGCGAGGGCGCCGGCCCGCUCAAGAAGCUCAUGGUCGCCAACCGCGGAGAAAUCUCGAUCCGCAUUGUGCGCAGCGCCCACGAGCUGGCCAUGACGACCGUUGCGCUCUACUCGUUCGAGGACCGGUACAGCGCACACCGAUACAAGGCAGACGAGGCCUACCAGGUCGGCGCCGGCCUCUCGCCGGUGCAGGCCUACCUGGCCAUCGACGACAUUAUCCGCAUUGCGCUGGAGCACGGCGUCGACAUGAUCCACCCCGGCUACGGCUUCCUGUCGGAGAACCACCACUUUGCGCGCAAGGUCGAGGAGGCGGGCAUUGCGUUCAUCGGCCCGCGGCCCGAGACGAUCGACGGGCUGGGCGACAAGACCAAGGCGCGCGACCUGGCGCGCGACGCCGGCGUGCCCAUCGUGCCCGGCACGCCCGGCCCCAUCGAAGACUACCGCGAGGCGGCCGACUUUGUCAAGGAGGUCGGCUUCCCCAUCAUCAUCAAGGCGGCCAUGGGCGGCGGCGGGCGCGGCAUGCGCGUCGUGCGCAACCAGGAGGACUUUGAGGAGUCCUUCUCGCGCGCCAAGAGCGAGGCCAAGAGUGCGUUUGGCGACCCGACGGUGUUCAUCGAGCGCUUCCUCGACCGGCCACGCCACAUCGAGGUGCAGCUGCUGGCCGACGGCGAGGGCAACGUGGUGCACCUCUUCGAGCGCGACUGCUCCGUGCAGCGCCGCCACCAGAAGGUCGUCGAGGUGGCGCCGGCGCACAACCUCGACGACGGCUGCCGCCAGCGCAUCCUCGCCGACGCCGUCAAGAUUGCCAAGACGGCCAACUACCGCAACGCCGGCACGGCCGAGUUCCUCGUCGACCAGCAGAACCGGCACUACUUCAUCGAGAUCAACCCGCGCCUGCAGGUCGAGCACACGAUUACCGAGGAGAUCACGGGCAUCGACAUUGUCGGCGCGCAGAUCCAGAUUGCCGCCGGCGCGACGCUCGCCGACCUGGGCCUGACGCAGGCGACGAUCCAGAAGCGCGGCUCGGCGAUCCAGUGCCGCAUCACGACGGAGGACCCGGCGCAGGGCUUCCAGCCGGACACGGGCCGCAUCGAGGUGUACCGCAGUGCCGGCGGCAACGGCGUGCGCCUCGACGCCAGCAGCGGCUUUGCCGGCGCGCAGAUCACGCCGCACUACGACUCGCUCCUCGUCAAGGUGACGUGCCGCGGCGCCACGUACGAGGUGACGCGGCGCAAGAUGCUGCGCGCGCUCGUCGAGUUCCGCAUCCGCGGCGUCAAGACGAACAUCCCCUUCCUCUUCCGCCUGCUGACGCACGAGGCGUUUGCCGAGGCGCGCACGUGGACGACGAUGAUCGACGACACGCCCGAGCUCUUCAACCUCGUGCAGAGCAAGAACCGCGCGCAGAAGCUGCUGGCGUACCUCGGCGACAUGGCCGUCAACGGCUCGCAGCUGCUGGGCCAGAUUGGCGAGCCGGGCCUCAAGACGGAGAUCCAGAAGCCGCCGUUCAGGGACCCCGCGGACCCGAGCAAGCCGCUCGACGCCACCAAGCCGUGCCUCGAGGGCUGGCGCAACAUCAUCGUCAACGAGGGCCCCGAGGCGUUUGCCAAGGCCGUGCGCGCCUACAACGGCACGCUCAUCAUGGACACGACGUGGCGCGACGCGCACCAGUCGCUCUUUGCCACGCGCCUGCGCACCAUCGACAUGGUCAACAUUGCCAAGGAGACGAGCCACGUGCUGAAGAAUGCCUUUGCGCUCGAGUGCUGGGGCGGCGCGACGUUUGACGUGGCGAUGCGCUUCCUGUACGAGGACCCGUGGGAGCGGCUGCGCAAGCUGCGCAAGCUCGUGCCCAACAUUCCCUUCCAGGCGCUCAUCCGCGGCGCCAACGCCGUCGGCUACACGAGCUACCCGGACAAUCUCAUCUACGAAUUCAGCAAGAAGGCCGUCGAGUGCGGCCUCGACAUCUUCCGCGUGUUCGACUCGCUCAACAACCUCGACUCGCUCAAGCUCGGCAUCGACGCCGCCAAGAAGGCCGGCGGCGUGGCCGAGGGCACCAUCUGCUACACGGGCGACGUGGCGAACCCGAAGAAGCACCCAAAGUACACGCUCGAGUACUACCUCGGCCUCACCGACGAGCUCGUCAAGGUGGGCAUCCACGUGCUCGGCAUCAAGGACAUGGCCGGCCUGCUGAAGCCGGCCGCGGCGCGCAUGCUCGUCGGCGCCAUCCGCAAGAAGUACCCCGAGCUGCCGAUCCACGUGCACUCGCACGACACGGCCGGCAUUUCGCUGGCGUCGAUGAUUGCGUGUGCCGAGGCGGGCGCCGACGUGGUGGAUGUGGCCAUCGACUCGAUGUCGGGCCUCACGUCGCAGCCGUCGAUGGGCGCGCUCGUCACGUCGCUCGAGCAAACGGGCCUCGGCCCCGGCAUCCGCCACGAGGACAUUCAGAACCUCAACCUCUACUGGGCCCAGGUGCGCCAGCUCUACUCGUGCUUCGAGGCCAACGUCAAGGCGAGCGACUCGAGCGUCUUCGACCACGAAAUGCCCGGCGGCCAGUACACGAACCUCAUGUUCCAGAGCCAGCAGCUCGGCCUCGGCUCGCAGUGGAACGCCAUCAAGGAUGCCUACAUCGAGGCCAACCUGCUGCUCGGCGACAUUGUCAAGGUCACGCCGUCGUCCAAGGUCUGCGGCGACCUGGCGCAGUUCCUCGUCGCCAACAAGAUCUCCUCCAAGGAGUUCGUCGAGAAGGUCGACAAGCUCGACCUGCCCUCGUCGGUGAUCGAGUACUUCGAGGGCCGCCUCGGCACGCCGCCCGGCGGCUUCCCCGAGUUCCGCGACCGCCUGCUGCGCGGGCGCCCCAAGAUCGAGGGCCGUCCCGGCGCCGGGCUGGAGCCGACGGACCUGCCGAAGAUCAAGAAGGAGCUGACGAAGAAGUACGGCAAGACAAUGUCGACGACGGACGCCAUCUCCUACGCGCUGUACCCCAAGGUCUUUGAGGAGUUCCAGGCCUUCCUGGAGAACUACGGCGACCUCUCGACGCUGCCGACGCGCUUCUUCUGCGGCAAGCCCGACGUGGGCGAGGAGUGCCAGGUGUUCAUCGAGAGCGGCAAGAUGCUCAUCGUCAAGCUGCUCGCCGUCGGUGCCGUGUCGGAGAAGGGCACGCGCGACGUCUUCAUGGAGCUCAACGGCGAGAGCCGCGUGCUGACCGUCGAGGACCGCAGUGCGGCCGUGGAGCACGUGUCGCGCGAGGUGGCGGACAAGGGCAACCCGGGCAGCGUGGGUGCGCCGCUGGCGGGCGCCGUCGUCGAGAUCCGCGUCAAGGAGGGCAGCGAGGUCAAGACGGGCGAUCCGCUGCUUGUGAUGAGUGCCAUGAAGAUGGAGAGCUCCGUCUCGGCCCAGGUCAACGGCAAGGUCAAGCGCAUCGUCGUCAACCAGGGCGACUCGGUGAGCCAGGGCGACCUGCUGCUCGAGAUUGUGCACCAGUAAGGCGUGUAUGCAGCAGGAGGAGGGCGUCACAGCGACGGCCAGUCGGCGCGCGUUGGCGCCCUCUCUCUCUCUCUCUCUCUCUCUGCCUCUCGGCCC